GUCUCUGCAGCAGCUUCUGUAGCUACCAGCCGACAGUAGGUACAGCCGUGGCUGCAGGACACCAUGGGUUUGGAAAAGGAGAGCCUGGAAGCCAGGAUAUUCAUGGAAGAGAAUGAAGACUUCGAUAAAGACAGUGACCCGGCUGUGAGUCUAGAAAUGCCGUACGACAGAGACCCACACAGGAUCAACGAUUCUCUGAAGUUGACAUUUGUAGAUGUGAUCGGAGAGCCCGUCACAACUCGGAGUUUUGAUUCAAUUUGGGUAUGCAGUCACGCAGUGUUUGAAAUAGCCAAAUUUCUACUCUACAAGCUCCUAACGCUGAUUCUUGCAAUUCCAUUGUCUCUGGUUGCAGGAAUCGUGUUCGCAAUACUGAGCUCUUUGCAUAUUUGGAUAGUUGUACCUUUUGUGAAGACCAUCCUUAUGUCUCUCCCUGCUGUACAGAGAAUUUGGCAAAGUAUUGUUGACUCUUUUGUUUCCCCAGUUUUUCACAGCAUGGGUCGGUGUUGCUCUGCAGUCUCCAUUCAUGUGAAUAAAGAUGAAACUUCAAAGAUGGAGGAACUAAGCUUCUGAUAUCCUAUCUUUAUAAAACUGAGAUUGCUUCCUGUGCUGCACUCUACUCAUGAAAACACUGCCUUGAAAAAGGACUUUAUUCUUGGUCUAGAUUGAAACAAUGUAUUUACUGAUCUGCUUAAAUAUGGCUUUAACUGUGAUGUUAAUUAAAUUAAGAGGGACCAGGAAAAUUGAA